AUGUCGAGUCUGGAGUCGAUACCGUCACUAGGAAAGGUAGUGGUUGUCGGCGGAUGUGGCUUCUUAGGCAGUCACAUCGUCAGCUACAUCGUCAAGCACCACCCUCAGACACGAGUCGCUGUCCUCGACCUCCGAACUAGUUCGAACCGCAAUGCUAGUGCCAAUGUCUCCUACCACGAUGGCGAUGUUACCGACGUUGCCUCUAUGAAGGCCCUCUUUUCUCAACUUAAGCCAGACGCCGUCAUUCACACUGCUUCUCCUCAUUUCAAUCUGGGGCCGGAAAUUCUCGACAAAGUCAACGUACAAGGGACCAAGAACCUACUACAGGCGGCGCAAAAUGCCGGAGUGAAAGCAUUCGUAUACACAAGCUCUGCGGGUGUCGUCCUCGAUGCUGUGACAGAACUGGUCAAUGCGGAUGAGAGGUGGCCGCUUGUUACUGGAAAGGCACAGCCGGAAUACUACACCACCACGAAGGCAUACGCAGAAACAGCCGUGCUGGAAGCGAAUCGCAAGCCAGAGAGCUUCCUAACCUGUGCCAUCCGUCCGGCAGGCAUCUUCGGCGAGGGCGACGUCCAGUUGCUUCCCAAAAUGGUCUCUGCUUACCGCAAGGGACAGACCAAGUUCCAAGUUGGCGACAACAACAAUCUUUUCGACUUCACCUACGUCGAAAACGUCGCCCACGGGCACCUCCUCGCCGUUGUUGCGCUCCUCAAAACGCACAAGAUUCUCCCCACCGUACCCCUCGAUACCGAGCGUGUGGAUGGUGAAGCCUUCUUUGUCACGAAUGGCGAGCCAGUAUACUUCUGGGACUUUGCGCGCGCGGUGUGGCAUGAAGCCGGCGACAGGCUACCAUUGAAAAGCGUGUGGCACUUGAGCGCAGAUGUGGCGUGGAUGAUCGGCACAGUUCUGGAAUAUACGUUCUGGGCGCUUGGAAAGACACCAAACCUGACCAGGGCGCAGGUUAGGUAUAGUAGUAUGAGCAAGUAUCAUAGUGUCAGUAAAGCUAGGCAGAGGCUGGGUUAUGAGCCAAUUGUUAGCCUGGAUGAGGGAGUUAGAAGGGGUGUGAGGUACAUUUUGGAACAGGAGGAGAAGGUGGGUCAGAAGAAGGGCCAGUAA